AUGCCGAGCUGUCCACCCUGGGGGCUGCCACUGCUGCUCUCGCUGUGGGAGCCGCUGCUCCGGAGGGCGGAGGCAGGCUCUGAGGGGCACACGGCGGGAGAGCUGUACCAGCGUUGGGAACGGUACCGCAGGGAGUGCCAGGCGACACUGGAGGCUGCGGCGCCCCCAGCAGGCCUCGCCUGUAACGGGUCCUUUGAUAUGUACGUCUGCUGGGACCACACUGCACCCAAUGCCACUGCCCGUGCGUCCUGCCCCUGGUACCUGCCCUGGAACCGCCACGUGGCUGCAGGCUUUGUCCUCCGCCAUUGUGGCAGUGAUGGCCAAUGGGGACCUUGGAGAGACCAUUCUCAGUGUGAGAACCCAGAGAAGAAUGGGGUUUUUCAGGACCAAAGGCUGAGCUUGGAGCGGCUGCAGGUUGUGUACACCGUGGGCUACUCCCUGUCCCUUGCCACACUGCUGCUCGCCUUGCUCAUCUUGAGUUUCUUCAGGCGGCUGCGCUGCACUCGCAACUACAUCCACAUCAACCUGUUCACGUCUUUCAUGCUGCGGGCAGCAGCCAUCCUCACCCGAGACCGUCUGCUUCCUCCACACGGCCCCUACCCAGCGGAUCAGGCUCCUAUGCUGUGGAACCCGGCCCUAGCUGCCUGUCGCACGGCCCAGAUCUUGACCCAGUACUGCGUGGGUGCCAACUACACGUGGCUGCUGGUGGAGGGCAUCUACCUGCACAGCCUCCUGGUGCUUGUGGGAGGCUCCGAGGAGGGUCACUUCCGCUGCUACAUGCUCCUCGGCUGGGGGGUCCCCGCGCUUUUCGUCAUUCCUUGGGUGAUCGUCAGGUACCUGUACGAGAACACGCAGUGCUGGGAGCGGAACGAUAUCAAGGGCAUUUGGUGGAUUAUAAGGACCCCUAUCCUGCUAACCAUCUUGAUUAAUUUUCUCAUCUUUAUCCGCAUCCUUGGCAUCCUCGCGUCAAAGCUGAGGACGCAACAGAUGCGCUGCCCGGACUACCGACUGAGGCUGGCUCGCUCCACGCUGACGCUGGUGCCCCUGCUGGGCGUCCACGAGGUGGUGUUUGCUCCCGUGACUGAGGAACAGGCCCGGGGUGCCCUGCGCUUGGCCAAGCUCAGCUUUGAGAUCUUCCUCAGUUCUUUCCAGGGCUUUCUGGUCAGCGUCCUCUACUGCUUCAUCAACAAGGAGGUGCAGUCGGAGAUCCGGCGGGGCUGGCACCGCUGCCGCCUGCGCCACAGACUCGGCGAAGAGCCGUGCCAACCCCCCGAGCGCGCCUUCCGGACCCUGCCCUCGGGUUCCGGCCCCGGCCAGGUCGCCGCCGGCCGCGCUGUGUGCUCGAGGACACUCCCAGGUCCUGGGGGUGAGGCCAGCCAUGUCUUAGAAAGUUACUGCUAG